AUGCCGCGCAUUCCCGUGCGUGUCGAGCCGUACAGCUCGCCGUCGCGCCAGCACCGGCACUACAAGAACAAGCGCGACCAGGUGCUGCGCGCCCUCGGCAAGGCCGCCUACAUCAACGGCAGCCACUUUGCCAUCAUGUGGGUCUCGGCGCGCGGCGACGUCGAGACGUACGCCAGCGAGGCGCUGCAGAGCCGCCUCGACGACUGGUUCGUGCAGGGCGGCAUUGCCGAGGAGGCCAAGAACCUCGUCAUGGGCAGUGCCGACCAGCCGCGCUCCAAUCCGUUUGACACGGCCGCUGGCGGCGCCGGCGCCGACGACAUGUCCGACGACGAGGGCGACGAGGGCGACGAGAGCAUGGGCGCCGCCGCGCGCAGCAUGCACGGCACGCCGCUCAUCCACACCGGCGACGUCUUCCUCGACGACCAGCCGUCAUCGUCGCACGCCGCCAACCAGGCGCGCAUGGACAUGCGUCCGGCCUUCAGCCGCUCGGCCUCGUCGAGCCAGACGUCGCGCGCCCGCAAGCCUGCGCCGCUCGACACGAACAUGGCCAACGAGGUCUUCGGCCACCGCAUGCUCGACGACGUGCCGCACUCGGCGCCGCUGCCGCUGCACGACUCGCUUGCCGGCCCGUCCUCGGCCGGCGGCCCGCGCAGUGCCGUCCCGCGUGCGCCCAUGAGCCGCAGCGCCUCGGCGGCGCAGCAGCCGCUCGUCGACGUGCGCCUCGAGAACGCGGCGUCGCGCACGGCGUUCCUCGAGCUGCGCUUCAGCCAGUUGCAGCAGGGCAUGUGCAAGACCGUCGCAAAGGCAUGGAUCAAGAUCAUCGAGCCCAAGAAGCAGACGCGCUGCCCGUACAACAAGGGCGAGGAGGGCAAGCCGGCAUGGUGGCCCGAGGGCGUGCGCCACAAGGAGCCCGACCACCUCAUGAAGCCGGAGCGCCAUCUGCUGCUGCUCACCAUCCUGCGCAGCGAGCGCAUCCAGGUCGCUCGCCUGCAGCUCGCCACCGCUGAGGUCGUCGCGCUCAUCCGUGCGGACCGCGUGAGCCUGCUGAUGGACGUGUACCGCAUUGCGCGCGAGGAGGAGAAGAUGCGCGAGGCCGGCGUCGACAUGAACACGCCGAUGACCGUGGGCGUCAGCAGCACCGACGGCUGGAGCGAGGACGACCAGGCCGCCACCUCGGACGCUGGCCGCUCGAACUCGCCGGCCGAGGACGAGGAGGACCGCAUUCCGGGCGGCCGCACGCUCACUGCGUCCAAGAAGCGGCCCGCCGCCUCGGCUCUCGCCCGCUCCGCCUCGACGUCGUCGAUGCGCGCCGCCAAGCGGCCAGCACAUGCCACCAGCAUGCGCACCUCGAGCGGCAUGCUCGACGUGCCGCGCCCGCUCUCCUCCAGCGGCGUCGCCGGCGCCUCGACGUGGCAGCUGCACGACAACGCGACCCACACGAGCGCUCGCAAGCAGCAGGCUGCCGCAUCGCAGGCCGCUGCCGCUGCUGCCGCUGCAGGCUACGGUGGCCCCGGCUACCAGCAGGUGCACGGCCUCAUCACGCCCGUCUCCGCCAACGCCCACCUCAUGGACCCGGCCUUCAUGCACGCCUCGCAGCAGCAGGGCCCCGUCACGGAUGCCGAGCGCUACGGCUACAUGUCGGCGCCGCAGCCGCCGCAUCAGCAGCUCUACCCGCACGAGCAGCACUACGGCGCCUUCGACGGCACCAACGAGCACUCGGCCCGCAGCGUCGCAGCACACCAGGGCAACAACGUCUUCUCGUUCAGCGCACCUGGCAGCGCCCGCAACGCACCGAUGCAGCUCGACGACCGGACACGCCUCGUCCACCAGCACCAGCAGCAGCAACAGCCGCCCGUCGGUGGUGCUCUCGGCCUGCAGGGCGUCGACAGCAGCGCUGCUAUGGGCUCGUGGGGCGGCUUCUCGCAAGAGCAGCAGUACGCACAGCAGCAACACCAGCAGCAGCAGAGCUGGAACGCGCAGCAGCAGCAGCAGCUUCAGCACCAGCACCAGCAGCAGUCGCACCCGCAGCACACCUGGCAGACGGCGGCGCACAUGCACAGCCGUGUCGGCGACUCGUCGGCCGGCGACACGAGCUUCGGCUCGUCGUUCGACACGUCGCUCGAGUCCAAUGGCCCGGCGACGCCGAGUCCCAAGGCUGCGCAGUCGUACAUGUCGCAGGGCGCGCACGAGGCCAAGGCCGUGCUCGGGGCCCACCACGGCGGCCCGGCAUCUGCGUUCGAGGCCUGGGUCAACCACCCAUGA